AUGGGUGGUGGCACUUCAAUCUGGGCAUCUCCUGAGUGGAGAACUGACCCCAAGGAGAUUUUCAAUCCCAAACUAUUCUAUCUUGCUAUCACGGUUGCCUUUGCUGGUUGUUCCUAUGGUUUCGAUCAGGGAAAUAUUGGUGGUGUAUUGACUCUUCCAAGUUUCCGGCAUGCAUUUGGCUUGGAUAAAUUGAGUGUGCAUGAAGCAGAUCGACGUGAGGGCGAUAUUGCGGCCAUGACAGACCACCCAUACGUAGCCCAAGAGUAUAUGGAGGUCUGCGCCCAGGUUGACGCUGAACAGGAGAUUGCUGCAGGACAUAACUAUAUUCAAGUGAUCAAAGAUAUCGUUUUCAUUCGAAGCAACAGCCGUCGAUUUUUCCUGGCGUCCAUGCUUUUCUUAUUCCAUAAGUUCACCGGUACAGACAGUCUGAACUAUUUUGCUCCAGAGAUCUUUGAGAUGGUUGGUGUCAAAGGCGGUUCUACAACACUCCUAACCACGGGCGUCUACGGGCUUGUCAAAUUGGUUUUCACCAUUCUCUAUGUCGCUGUCAUCAUUGAUCGCGUUGGACGAAGAAAGCCAUUGCUCGUGGGAGCCUUCCUCCAAGCCACGUCGAUGCUUUAUAUUGCCCUGUACAUCCGCUUUGGGCACCCUUCAGCUGCACAUGGCACGGAAGCCGGUGGAAUAGUUGCUAUCAUCUGGAUUUACAUCUAUGCCUUCGGUUGGUCAUUUGGCUGGUCUGUGGCGCCUUACGUCGUUGCGGCCGAGAUCUUCCCGGCACGGAUUCGCUCUUUCUCGAUGUCCUUCUGCUUCUUUCUCAACUGGAUCGUUGACUACGCGAUCACAAAGGCGACGCCAUCAAUGAUGACAAACAUGGGCUGGGGAACUUUCCUUCUAUACGCCGUGCUCACCUACAUUGGGGUUGUCUUUGUUUACUUCUGCAUGCCGGAAUUCAAGGGACGCAGUAUCGAGUCCACAGAUGACCUGUUCCAGAACUCAAUCUGGACAAUGUGGCGCCAUGCUUACCCGACGGAGGAAGAAAAAGUUCGCCAUGGUACUGAGGACAUGCUUGCAGCGAAGAUGCAAGCAGAUGAUGAAGAGGCUGUGGCAGCUAAAAGGGACGCAUCGGUUGUUCACGCCGAGAACAAAGCCUAG